AUGGGUUCGCAAUUGCGACAAUCUUCCUCCAGUGCCGCAGGCCCGCGCCACCUGCUCUCCAUCGCAGACCUAACCCCUUCUGAGUUUACAACACUUGUCCGCAAUGCCUCUGCACAUAAAAAUGCCAUGAAAUCUGGCUCGAUACCGGACUCUCUUCACGGAUCGUUGUCCUGCAAAACUAUCGCCAUGAUGUUCUCCAAACGAAGUACGCGAACCCGCGUGUCAACAGAAGCAGCAGUGGUCUCCAUGGGCGGACAUCCGAUGUUUCUUGGGAAGGAUGAUAUCCAGCUUGGCGUGAAUGAGUCACUUUAUGACACAUCCGUAGUGAUCUCUUCCAUGGUAUCCUGCAUCGUGGCCCGGGUUGGCCCGCAUUCCGACAUCGCAGAACUCUCCAAACACUCUUCAGUCCCUGUUAUCAACGCUCUUUGCGACACGUUCCACCCGUUGCAAGCCAUUGCCGACUUCUUGACUAUCCAUGAAGCGUUUCCGCCGUCCCAAAACUCUACACCAUCCAAUUCUAGUCUAGGUCUUGAGGGACGAAAAAUUGCCUGGGUUGGAGAUGCCAACAAUGUUCUAUUUGAUAUGGCAAUCGGAGCUACCAAACUUGGCGUCGAUCUGGCCGUCGCGACACCAAAGGGCUAUGAAAUGCCCGCGCAUAUUAAGGACCUUAUUAAAAAAGCUCGCGUAGGAGUCGAGUCUCCAGGAAACAUUACUCACACUAACGUUCCGGAGGAAGCUGUCAAGGAUGCAGACGUCCUUGUGACCGAUACGUGGGUCUCUAUGGGACAGGAAGAUGAAAAAGCAAAGCGAAUCAAAGCAUUCGAAGGAUUCCAGAUCACUUCUGACCUGGCAAAGCGUGGAGGUGCCAAAGAAGGCUGGCGAUUUAUGCACUGCCUACCUCGACACCCCGAGGAGGUGAGUGACGAAGUGUUCUACGAUAGGAGUCGGUCCCUAGUAUUCCCCGAAGCAGAAAAUCGACUGUGGGCAGCUAUUUCGGCAUUGGAAGCGUUUGUAGUCAACAAGGGCCAGAUCGUAUAA